CUCUCCUCUCCAUUUUCUCGGGCAAGGGCCGUGGGGGUCAGCUCGUCAUUGCUGGCUGCCCUGGGCUCUUCUUUCUGGGGUCCCUCCACUCUCUUGCCAAUCUGGGUAUUGGGGGCGGGGCCAAGGGCUUGCUUUGAAGCCCCGCCUCGGGCUCCUAUCCAAUCACAGCCCCUCCUUCUGGAGGCUGGGCCGAAGGGUUACACUCCAAGCUGCGAGCUCUGGCACUAGGCUCUCAGCUGGAGAUGAUGUGCUGCUGCUGCUGCUGCUGCUGCUGUCGCCACCACCAGCAACCGCCCCGUGUGCUGGGGCUGCUGCUGCUGCUUCCCCUGGCAGCAGCCACAGCGGGCCCAGGCCGCUGUGACACCAUAUACCAGGGCUUUGCCGAGUGUCUCAUCCGCUUAGGGGACGGCAUGGGCCACGGAGGCAAGUUGGAGACCGUCUGCAGAUCUUGGAAUGACUUCCACACCUGCGCCUGGAGAGUCCUGUCGGCCUGUCCGGAGGAGGCAGCUGCUGUGUGGGAGUCACUACAGCAAGAAGCUCGCCGGGCCCCAAACCCAGAUAACUUGCAUGCUCUGUGCGGUGCCCCUGUGCAUGUCCAGGAGCGUGGCGUGGGCCCAGAGACCAACCACGAGACACUGCGGGCCACAGCACCCGUGCCCACCCCGACGCCCACCCCCGCGCUCUUGGCCACUGCUCUGGCGCUCACCUGCCUCUUGGGGUCUCUGGCCUAG